AAGGUGAAGGGUCGAUUUUAAAAGAGGCUCAGAGUAGUCCACAGUCGAGUCGGAAGCCGCGAGGGGUAUGCCGCAUCCAAUCUAUAAAUAAAUAACCCGGCCUCUCCUCGGGCCACGCAUUCGAAGACCCGAUUCCGAAGAGACAGCGGCGACGACGACGACGACUAUGUCCGAAGCAACCACCGAGGGCGGCGGAGGCGGUGCUGCUGCGGCGGCGGCGCCUCCUGCGAUCUUGUGGAACGAGGCGGAGGGGAGGUUCGAGACGGAGGACAAGGAGGCCUUCCUCCAGUACCGCCUCAGGGACGUGGCGGUCGGGGCCGGCGACGAGGACGACGACGAGGACGAGAAGAAGAAGAAGACGGCGAUGGAGAUGGUGCACACCUUCGUGCCGCGGAGGAAGCGCGGCUUGGGCCUCGCCGCCCACCUCGCCGCCGCCGCCUUCGCCCACGCCCAGCGCCGAUCCCUCCUCGUCAUCCCCACCUGCUCCUACAUCUCCGACACCUAUCUCCCCCGAAACCCAGUCUGGGACUCGCUUGUGUACAAGGAGGGAUCCAAAUCAUGCAUGUGAUGAUGCCAGGGAUGGAAAUGGAAAUGGAAAUGGAAAUUACAUACAUAGAUGUACGUCAUCUUCACGCUACUGAUUUAGAGAUCAUCCACUUAAUAAAUAUGGAUAUGGAUUGUAUCUAACUCUCUCUUCUGAGUUGAUGUAUUGAAAAAAUAGACUUGUACUAAUGUUUCAUCUUCUCCUCUGUUACUCAAAAGUUUUAUGCAGUAAUUAUAAUGCAAAAUGCUGAUGUUUUUCUCU